UUUCCCAAACCGGGAGGGGCUGAUGUGAGGCGAUUCUUCCUACACCAAUCCCACUUUCCAACUGCUUAAGGCGGACGAAGACAAUGAUAUCCUGCAGCCGAGUGCUUGAGUGGAUCUUCGCCUGCUAUUUCUUUACACACAUUCCCAUCACUUUAGCCAUCGACCUGCAGGCUCUGCUGCCCGAGGACUUAUACCUGCCCGCGCUGCAGGGUAUGUUAAAAUGGUAUGCAGCUCAAUUCAAAGAUCCGAUGAUGUUGGACCCCCCAUCAUGGUUCAAAGCAUUUAUUCUUUGUGAGGUGUUGCUGCAGUUACCUUUUUUUCCUGUUGCAGCUUAUGCUUUCUAUAAAGGAAAUUGCUCAUGGAUAAGGACACCCGCUGUCAUAUACUCCACUCAUGUGACUACAACAGUUAUUGCCCUCCUUGCACAUAUUUUGUUUAAUGACUUCUCAAAAUCGAUGUACCCAGGACCAAAAACCAUGUCAGAACGUUUGACUCUCUUAGCUAUUUACAUUCCCUAUUUACUAAUCCCUGUUAUGAUCCUAAUAACUAUGCUUUUCAACAAAAGAUACAGUCCGAAUGAGGAAAAGAAAAGACAGUAACUACUACCACUUGAAGAUAAUUUCCCAUUUGUUUGUGCUCUAUUUGAAAUUACUGUCUAAUAAUUUGACAACAUUGCUACAAUAAAAUUGUAAAUUUAAAUGA